CUUCUUCUCCUCCUCGCCGUGCCCACGAAGAACAACUGGAAGCAGCAGCAACACACCAGUCCACCCCUACGUAUUCCAUUUUGCCAUAACCACCCCCAUCGCCGCUCUUACCUUCUUUCCACCUCCCUCUCCUCCCUCGACAAGAACAACCAAUCCAUCCGCCUGUGUACACCUCGUUGGUCAUGCCGUGAUCUGGAUCACCGUUUUGACUCAACCUCUUCUCACUAAAACUUUCCUUCUCUCUCCCUCGACACAAUCCGCUGGAAGCCAUCAGGUUCAUUGUAGUACCUUGCAUCCAUCCGAACCCCGGCCAACAAGUCAACGGCCAGUGGAGAGACCCUUUUUUGUCCCUGAUUCACCCAAGGAACGGACGACCUUCCGCCACCAACACCAACGCACGAUUACCUCCUCACCUCCCACCCAUCACUAAACCAUUCUUGCUCCCUGGAGCGUGAUUCCGACGAACCAUCUGCUAGCUUUGCGUCAUCUUGCUGCGCGCACCUCCCCUCUGAGCCCUCCUACCGCUGCACUGCGCGCUGCUGCUCCCUGCCGGCAAACCCUCCCUCUCAAAGACAUCCAACCCAUUCACCCAUCUCGAUGCUCCUUUACUGGGCCCAGGCCUCAACCCUCGACUGCGACUACCUCCCUCUUUCCAACCCUUCUUAAUCAUGCUCGCCUCCGACUCUUUCCUACCCUCGGCCUUUACCGACCACGACCCGAACAUGCCGCCGUCUGCCGUCAUCUCGCCACUGUCACUAUCGCGGAUGGCUACUUCGUCCAGCUACUUCGACAACAAGCCGACACCCAGCAUCCCGGGCUAUUCGCAUUACUCCCCGCAAUCAUCCGGCGCUGUGCGUUACCCGCCGCAAUCGCAAUCCUUUCUUUCACCUCACUUGCUUCCCAACGGCCCCAACGGCGCAAAAGGUAUGGACAGCCUGGACGGUGCCUUUUCGCACGAUCAGAUGUCGAGAGUGGUUUCGCCCUCACAUGCCGAAAACAUGUCCACUCAAAAAUCGUCGGGUUUCCCGCCCGUUGUUAGAGUCUCUCCAAACGGCAUGCCUCAUCCGCGCUCCGUCUCCGCCGAUGCCGCCUCGGCCCCGGCGUCCGCUCAGAUUAUUCGACGGUUGGCCCAACAGAAUGCACGGAUUCGGGAGGCGUGGGAAGCUGAGCGCAAGUAUAUGGAGGCGAACCGCGAGCGCGUCGAGGAAGUCUACAAGGAGGAGCGUAUGAUCAUGGAAGACGAGCGUCUCGCGUGGGAGGCCGAGAAGACGGCUUUGUUGGAGCAGAUCAGCCGUCUCAAAGAACAGGUCACGGUGAUCGACGCUGACAAAAUCCGGCUGCAAGGCGCGCUGCAGCGAGUCGAGCUAGAGAAAGCGGGCAAAGUCGCCGGCGUCACUGUUGCAAUUCCAGGAACAGCAACGCGAAGUGGUGGUGGUGGGGCCGAUGGCCCCACCGAACUCUACUUUCCAGGAUUCUCCUCGCAACCCAAUGACGCGCGGUUCGGCUUCUCGAACGGGACUACAGAGCGGAGGCCAACUACUGGCUCUGCCUCAGCCUCUGUCUCGCCGGCCCAGAUCCCAUCUCGUUUUAUUAGCCCUGUCAGCUCCCGCAUUUCUCCUUCGAGACAGCCAGAGACUUCGCCCUUCAUCCCACUCAACCCCAACAUGCAGCCUACCACCGCAGACGCCGUCGACUUCCUCAGCUCCCCAAAGGACGAGGAACCCGUUCCUAUCGUCGACAUCCAGAUCAUCAACCCUAAGCUUGAAGGCGUUCCGCUCAAGGCCCCGGCCAUCCAUAAGAGCACAUUCACCGACUCCGGCAUGACUCCCCCGGAAAACUCAAAGUCCUCGUCCAGGAACGCCUCCCCAACUGGAGACUCUGCUAGGUCGAGACGUAGCCCGACCCAGGAACACACCCUCGAGGUCCUCGCCGCCCCUGAGCCUGACCGGCUCGUCAUGCAUGCCGGACACACUCCCAGCCAUUCUCUCUCCGUCCUGGGAACCGCCCCCGGUACAGAGGUCGCGACCGUCGCCGACGGCACCGGUGGCUCCACGCCGACGCUGGCGCCGACCGACAUGAGCUCGAACCCGGCGACCCUGUAUGAUGUCAGGGCUAGGGUCGAUUCGUCCGAUCUCCAAGAUGACGAUUUCGGCGGCCCCGACGAGCCACAGCCCACGUUGGAGGCGACCGACGACGCAGCGCUCAGGGGCCCUCUGAUGGUUCGCAACAUCCCUGCACAUGACGAAAUCUUCUUCAAGCGCCUGUCCGAAAAGCUUCAAGAUGUCAGUAGCGGCGCGGAUGCCGUCCCAACUUGCAUGAAGACACCGAGCGAAGACGGCGUGGCCGAGGACAAGGAGAACCCUCUCGUGGCCAAACUGGACGCAGACGCGGCCAGUGACAGAGGCUCUACUACCGACAGAGAUGAUGCGUCCGAAUCUCAGAGAAAGGCCGAAGAGAUCGACGUGCCCCUGAAGCUUAGGAAGACAACCAACUUUGGUGCUCCUCUGGGCUCCAUGUUCUAAGGCGACAAAUUACCAGUAUAAUUCUUCUUCCGCGAAGCUAGUUCUCCUCUCACCAACGCGGCAGACGACAAACCCGCAUAGAUGUUUCAUAAUCUCGGAUUCCAUUCUGCACAUACGAUCCCCGUCCACUGCACAAACCUGCGGACAUUCGACACUCACUUGGCUUUGGUACUCGCUAUAGACCAGUCCUACGCCUUUUUUCCUAUGUACAUUUCCACGCGAUGGGCUCCCUGUUCUUUUUUUCUUUUCUUUUUUCGAUU